AUGGAAGCCAGCUCGUCCAGCUACGGCCGGAAGUACAAAAGUCGAAAGGAACGACCAUGCGAUGCUUGCAGACGAAGGAAGGUGUGCUGCAUUCGAGAUCCUGGCGAUGAGGCGUGCUAUCUAUGCCGGACAUCUGGACAGGUGUGUUCGUAUGAUCAAGGACCUACCCCGAGGAGAAGGAGGGUCCAUCCCGCGGCAACAGGUCUGCCCGGGAGUACCAUUUCAGUUGUGAGCUCUUCGGCUACUGCGACACCUGAUGCAGCACCGUCAACAUCUUUCCCGCCUGGAGACCUGCAGACGACAGCCGAGGCGUCGAGACAUACCCGCACAGAAUGGAUCAGCCAGUUUUGCGGCCCGUCCGGCGACCUUGACCCUUUCGUGCUUAGACACUCGACAUUCAACCAGUCUGACCUCCACAAGACCGAUGGCUUUGCAUGUCUUCGCGUCCGCGUGGCUGGAGCGCCGCCGGCAAUGUUCGUUCUGGUGCCCGAAGACUACUUGAAUGCUCGACUAGCACACUAUCCUCCAAGCAGUCUGCUUGACCCAGCAUAUCCGCUUCAUCACGAGCUGCUGACGACGUACUUUGAGGUCAUACAUACGAGCUACCCGUUGUUGGACCCCAGUCGUUUCACGAAAGGCAAUGAGAUCGAUCUACCGCUGCUGGCGGCAAUGUAUGGACUGGCUAUACCGUUUUGUCCUGCGGCAAAGGAUAUUGCGCUGGCUCCCUUACAGGACUACGUCUCCCGAGCACUCUCGACUGAUAGUCGUGCUCCGCGCCUGGAGAUCAUCGAGACGGCUUUACUGUUUAUUCAACGCCACCCUGAAACGCAUCGCACGCCACCAUUACCCGGGAUCUAUCCCGAAAUUGGAACACUGGUCGGUAUGAGCCAUGAUCUUGGGUUGAAUGUCGAUCCCUCGAACUGGGAUAUGUCACCUGUGGAUCGCGGUCGAAGAAAACGUCUUUGGUGGUCUGUGUAUAUUACAGACAAAUGGGCCGCUCUCGGACUCGGACGCCCGUGUUACAUUCACGAAGAUGGCUCAACGGUGCCCCUGCCGGUCGCAGAAGACCUGCCUGCGACUAUGAUCACGGGUACAGUGCUCCCGCAUACAUGCUCUCGUAUGUUCGUGGCAUUCGCGGCGCUUUCCCAGAUCUUGUCCGCGGUCCUUUCGACGUUCUACACGACGAAACCAGCAGAAACUCUUGGUGCUUCGACUACUGAAGAGAUAGAAAGACUUGGUGCUUAUUUCGAUAUGCAGCUCGCAAACUUUCAGACACGGUAUUUGUCAGAGCUACUUCGUGUCAACGACAUAUUCCUGGAUCCGACAGGUACGGUGUUUCUCGCGUUUUACACGGUCCAAAUCGCUGUCCACAAGGCGCUCCUUCGCAUCCUACCAUCCACCGAGCCUCUCUACCUUCGGGUCCGAUCUCAGGCUAAAAUCACUGUAAACGCUAUCUCGACCCUUCUGGAAAACCUUCAAGUCACUCGUCUAAGGGCAUUUUGGUGGUCUCCGAUCUGUCGCAGUAACUUCUCUAUGGCCGGAUCUUUCAUGUUCGCAAUGCUACUUUCCUCCGUGACAGAAGAGGAAGUCGAGUACUGGACGAAUGAGAUCACGAGAUAUCGGCGCUUGCUGGAUAUGCACAGUCUUUCAUUCGACACCACAAAACUUGCAGCAGCGAGGAUGAAUGCGUUGGCUAGUGUUGGACAAGUCAGGCGAGAUGAUAUGGCGGCGCCUGACAAUAGCAACACGGCGCACCAGCAAGCUUUUUGCCGAGAUUUUGGACUUGAUCUCGCAACAGCUUCUUCUAGAUGA